CCUUCUGCCUUCGCUUGCGCAUGCCUGUAGGCAAAUCCCCCCUGCACACGGCACAGACAGUCGUGGAGAGUGCAUGAACUAUUCGCCUAAAGCAGUCGGCUCCCUCUCCAGGUGUACCUUGACAAGAGUGGGCUCGUUGUCGGGUCUACAGGGUCUGCUAUAAGUCGUUCGUUAUCCGUCUCGUGGCCCUUCCUUCAAGUGCCUUGUGCCUUCACUGCUUGCCUGCUUGCUUGAUUGCCGUCGCGUCUUUUAAACUCUCCUUUCCCCAUGUUGCCUACCGCACGCCUUUACAAUGAUGCGAGACUUGGAGCGGGAGUUGCAAGACACGCUUACAGAAGCUCGUGAUGGCAAUGGAGAGUCACGAGACGGCCUUCUCAACCUCACUCGGCGCAUGGAGAACGAGGAAGAGGAUCAAUUGGACGUCGACCUGACCAUCUUGGACUUCCUCGUCUACAAGGCCACCGAAUUGGUCUUUGAAUGGCGAGCCAGCAGCGAUCCCUACAUUUCAGACUUGCCGAACGCCUUGGUCAGCAUGACUGCCGAUUGGAGGACCUUGCUCAGGUAUCGGCAUCACGGACGCCGUUUGGACAAUAGGGCAGCCUUCCGUUCGAGAUUGCUGCAGUUUGCCUUGGUCUUCACCCAUCGAUUUCACCACGAUGAGACCUGGACAACGGAAGAAUCGCUGAAUGAGCUUCGAGAGCAAAACAAAAGCCGCGGCGACUAUUGGAAAGAGAAAACUCGACACCCUCCUGCCCUGCGGCAUCCAUUCGAUCAGCACAGAGAAUUCCCGUUGGACGAUGGCGCCCUCUUUGAAAACAGGAACGGGCUUGCGUCGGCUCUGAACAUGCCUCAUCACCAGAGGAGAUGGGUAAGUGAUGUGGCAGGCACGCCCUCGCUCCAUUGUCUACUCCCGCUCUUUAUCGAGCUCACUGCUGCGAGGGUUACUCUGGACGACGACUGGCUUCCCACAUCUGAAUGGUUCGACCUAGCAGGCCAGUUCAUGCUGCAGGCCGUCAUAGAAGAGUUCUUGCAAAACGGCGUGUACGGGGCAGACCAAUUUAACACGGUAUUUGCGUUUGGCUGUCCUGGCAUCGACCGAUGGGCCGAGGAACCGUCUGACGUGACAGCUAUGCGGCGACUGUUCUGCGAUGAGAACAACCCUCGCGAGCAGAACCGUGACUGGACCAACGUCAAGCGCCGGUACAUUAACGAGCUCCUACCUCAACGCUCGUCACAAUCGUCUCUACAAGCUAUACAAGGAGCGCAACAGCGGUAUCCAUACAGCGCAUUCGAGAGGCACCUCCUCUCGUUCCUCAAGUACCUCCACGACGGCCUAAUCAAGCCAGACCUUGCCCAGGUCGAAGAAGGCCGCAUAAACAUCGACGGCAACGAGCUUUCCGAAGCCGAUUCGAGGGAAAUGAUUCGCCGGAUGGAACUGUGAGCACUUUGCUGUGCCGCAUAGGCGUAGGCCUGAUGUGGCUCGUAUGUUUACUUCGCACUUGCCUCGGGAAUAGGCUGGCACUUGCCCUUUUCGAACCCCACUGCACCUAAGCGAUUGCAUUCUUGUUUAUACGUUUCCUUUUAUCUUCUUCUGGCCUUCAGGCGUCUUUGUAGCAUCUAUCUGUUUCCGUCUCUCAACAUCAGACGCUGUUAGCGCUUGUAAUACUCUUCGCCUUCUGUAUGGUAUACCUAGCCGCGAUCUGGUCAGCGGUCACUGCGAGAUGAUAGUGCCGUGACGCCCUCCGCGCUUGCGCUUUUCUUUUUUUACACGCCGCUUCAACUCAGCUAUUGGUCAAUGAUACUCAAUGUUACACC